AUGGGGCCGCUCGUGGUUCCGGCGCUGAGGCAGCGGCUGCCCAGGUUACAACCAUUCCACAGGUUACAGGUCAUACUGCAACACUUAAAUAUGUCCAGGUCUGCAGAUUCUUCAGCUGAGGUCCUGCUGGAAAAAAAGGGUUGUGCUGCUGUUAUAACCUUGAACAGACCGAAGGCUCUCAACUCGUUAAACAUUUCCAUGAUUCGACAGAUAUAUCCCCAGUUAAAGAGAUGGGAGCAGGAUCCUGAAACCUUUCUAAUAAUAAUAAAGGGGACCGGAGGCAAGGCAUUUUGUGCCGGGGGGGAUAUUAGAGCCAUCACUGAAGCCGGGCGAGCUGGAGACAGGUUGACGCAAGAUUUCUUCCGAGAAGAAUACAUCUUAAACAAUGCUGUUGGAACCUGCCGGAAGCCUUACGUGGCGCUGAUCGAUGGAAUUACGAUGGGUGGCGGUGUCGGUUUGUCUGUCCACGGGCAUUUCCGAGUCGCCACAGAGAAGACUGUGUUUGCUAUGCCAGAGACAGCAAUAGGUCUUUUCCCCGAUGUAGGUGGAGGCUACUUCUUGCCCAGGCUGUCAGGGAAGACUGGAUGUUUUCUUGCCCUGACUGGAUUCAGGCUGAAAGGGAGAGAUAUUCAGCGAGCAGGAAUCGCCACUCAUUUUAUAGAGGCGGAGAAGGUGGCGGCCCUGGAAAAAGACUUGACCGAGCUGAAGUCUCCCUCUAAGGAAAAUGUUGCUGAUCUCCUGGAUUCCUAUCAUACGAAGUGCAAACUUGAUCAAGAAAAAGAGUUCAUACUUGGUGAACACAUGGACAAGAUUAACAGUCUCUUUUCAGCCAGCAGCAUGGAAGAAAUCGUCCAAAACCUGAAGCAGGAUGGUUCUCCUUUUGCGCUCAAGCAACUAGAGAUAAUCGCUAAAAUGUCCCCGACGUCUCUGAAGAUAACCCUUCGGCAGCUUAGAGAAGGUGCUUCCUUGAGCCUGCAAGAUGUUCUCACCAUGGAGUACCGGUUGAGUCAAGCAUGCAUGCGAGGCCACGACUUCUAUGAAGGUGUGCGAGCAGUGCUCAUUGACAAAGACCAGUCCCCAAAGUGGAAGCCUGCGACCUUAGAAGAAGUAACAGAUGAAUUUUUGGACUCGUGUUUUAAGUCUCUUGGAAGCAACGAUCUCAAGCUACAAUAGAUUUGGACUCAGGCCAGCCUAAUUACGUGUUAAUUCCGGU